AUGGAGCGCGCGCGUCUCCCGCCCGGGAUGGCGCGUCUCAUCAAAUCGCGCGGCGGACGAAACCUCACGCUCGAGCAGUACAGGCUCACCGUGUUAGUCGUCACGUUCCUGUCGUACAUGAUGUACCACGCCGCGCGGAAGCCGCCGUCGAUCGUGAAGAGCGUGCUGAACCCGACCCCGGAGCAGCGCGCGAACGGCGAGCCCGGGUGGGCGCCGUUCAACGGCCCGGACGGGAAGAUGAUCUUAGGCCAGUGCGACCUCGCGUUUCUCUCCUCCUACGCGAUCGGGAUGUUCUUUUCCGGGCACAUCGGCGACAGCAUGGACUUGAGAGUGUUCUUAACCUACGGCAUGAUGGGCACCGGGUUCUUCGUGUCCUUGUUUGGCAUGGCGCACGGCUGGGAGCAGCACUCGCUCGGGUAUUUCCUCUUCGUCUCCGUCGCCGCGGGUCUGUUUCAAUCCACCGGGUGGCCCUCCGUCGUGAGCGUCAUGGGCAACUGGUUCGGGAAGUCGAAGCGAGGCUUAAUCAUGGGGAUAUGGAACGCGCACACGAGCGUGGGGAACAUCCUCGGGUCGCUGCUCGCGGCCGCGAUGUUGCGCCGAGGGAACUGGGGCGACGCGUUCAUCGUCAACGGCGUCCUGACCGCCGUCGUCGGCGCGUUGGUGCACUCGUUUCUCGUCGUGUCGCCCGAGGACGCCGGGCACGUCGCGCCGCUGGGGACCGCGGGCGCGAAAGCGCACGAGGACAUCAAGUCCGAGACGGAGAUUAAGCCGAUGAUCGAGGGCGGCGCGUCGCGGACGAAGCCGCAGGCUGCCGGGUUCGUCGCCGCGUUGAAGAUCCCGGGCGUGAUCACGUUUUCGCUGUGCCUCUUCUUCACGAAGCUCGUCGCGUACACGUUCUUGUACUGGCUCCCGUUCUACAUCGAGCGAACGGAGAUCGGCGGCGAGUACCUCAGCGCGGCGAAAGCCGGGGAGUUAUCCACGCUGUUCGACAUCGGCGGCGUCAUCGGCGGGAUCGCGGCCGGGUACAUCUCGGACAAGUACAACGCGCGGUCGCUGACGUCGGCGGGGUUCGUGUACCUCUCCAUUCCGGUGUUGUGGAUGUACCGCGAGUACGGCUCGCACAGCAUGUCGUGGAACGUCGCGCUCAUGAUGUUAGCGGGGGUGUUAGUGAACGGCCCGUACGCGCUGAUCACGACCGCGGUGAGCGCGGACUUGGGGACGCACGAUUCCUUGAAGGGCAACGCGAGGGCGCUGGCGACGGUGACGGCGAUCAUCGACGGGACCGGCUCCAUCGGCGCCGCGGUGGGGCCGAUGCUGACGGGGUACAUCUCCACGCACAGUAACAACUGGGACCACGUGUUUUACAUGCUGUACGCCGCGGAUUUGAUCGCGGGGUUGUUGCUGAUGAAGCUCGUGAUGAAGGAGAUUCGGAACAUGCCGAUGAGUUAG